CCCGGUCUAAAAUGCAACCACUAACUACAGCUGACGCUUAUCUCUGAAUCCUUAUCCACAUUUACUCAACUAUUCUGCGUUUUCUGACUUUACCCUUUUGUCUUCUUCUUCCCCGUCAAUUUCCUCCAUAUCUAAAUCUCAUCAAUCCUACAAUUUAUUCCUUUUCAAUUAUUUUCCACCCCUUAUGUUUUUUUUGAAGUUAACAUUUACUUUCAUACAUCAAAUAUGAAUUAGAUGUGCUUCACCCAUUUUGACUAACCCAAAUGUUUUGGGUUUUAUCCUGAUUUUCUCCCCUUCCCAAGAAUCAGAAACCCUCGAUUCUACCCAGAUCAAUUUUGAAUCGAGGGUUUUUAAUUUAGAUUAUUUUGGGGAAGAAAUUGUUUAUAAAAAUGGCUUUAAUUGCUUUAUUCUUUGAGGUUUUACAGAGACCUAGUAUCUGGGAUAUGUUGUUGGAUUUGAUGUUGUUGACUGUGCCACUUUGGAUUGCUAUUUUUGUGGGUGUUGUUCUGGGCUGGGCUUGGAGGCCCAAUUGGGCCCACUUUGGUGGUGGUAAUGGUGGAGAAAAAGGAGAGUCUCAGGGAUUCUUGAUUUCAAAGAACAAAUCUUGUUUUUCUGGAAGUGUUAAGGGUUUUAAUUCAAUUCCUAGUUUAACAUCUUUGAAAUCACUGUUACCCAGUUUAACUUGGAAUCUUUCUGAUAGUUGCUUGGAAGAUGCUAACUUUAAUGAGCAACCUGGUGUUUCACAAUCUAAUUCCAGUUUGUCAAACUAUGAGAGAAAUAUUCCCUCUGCUGUCAAUGAAGCUGACUUAAGGCAUUUGUAUCAAUUGGUUGAAGUGCAAGAUGGAGGGCCAGCUUGGAUUCAUAUGAUGGAUCGUUCUCUUGCAAAUAUGACCUACCAAGCUUGGCGAAGAGAUCCCCCGACUGGUCCUCCCCAAUAUCGUAGUAGAACUGUCUUUGAAGAUGCUACCCCAGAAAUGGUGAGAGAUUUUUUCUGGGAUGACGACUUUCGUUUCAAAUGGGAUGAUAUGCUCAUACAUCAUGCUACAUUGGAGGAGUCGCAGGCUACCGGAACUAUGAUACUGCAGUGGGUACGCAAGUUUCCAUUCUUCUGCAGUGACAGAGAAUAUGUGAUUGGUCGUCGGAUCUGGGAAUCUGAAGGUUCUUAUUAUUGUGUCACAAAGGGUGUGCCUUUUACCUCUCUUCCUAGACGAGACAAACCAAGGCGUGUUGAUCUCUAUUACUCUAGUUGGUGCAUUCGUGCAGUUGAAUCUCAGAAAAAGGUUGGCCAGAUGACAUCAUGCGAGGUAAUACUUUUCCAUCAUGAGGAUAUGGGUAUACCUUGGGAGAUUGCAAAGCUUGGAGUUAGGCAGGGUAUGUGGAAAGCAGUUAAGAAGAUAGAGCCGGGCUUGCGUGUGUACCAAAGAGAGAGAUCAUCUGGAGCUCCACUUUCUCAUUAUGCUUUGAUGGCUCAAACAAAGACCAGAGUGAAUACCGAUUACCUGAAAGCUCAGGAGGCUUCAAGCGAUGAUCUGCCUAUAGAAAAUCAAGACGUAGAUGCAAACUCUUUGGAGUCCAGGAAGCCAGGAAUGCCCAUACCUAGAGCUCUCAUAGUAGGUGGGGCCAUUGUAGUUGCUUGUACUAUUGACAGAGGGCUAUUGACUAAGGCAGUAAUCUUUGGAGUGGCCAGAAAAUUUGCAAGAAUGGGAAGGAAGACGUGACUUUGGAGGCUUGUGGUAAGACUUCACUCGUGAAGUUGUGAGAACCAUUCUCUUCAUACGGAGCUUCCUCGCUCCCCCUCGGGUCCCUUCACAGGAAAGGAAGAAAGGUCGAUGGCCAUGGCUUUGCAUUUCGAGAAGGUUUGUUUUUGGAACGGAGAGUGAGCUUUUUUUCUUCUCUGGGUGGCUUUUGGGGGGAUGGGUCAUUAUUUUUCAUUUGUUAAAUAUUUAGUCAAAAAUAUUUGUAUCAAACAUCUUCAUAUACUCAAUACUGUUAUUAUAUAAUUAUCUAUAUGUCUAAAUCUCA